AAUAUUCCUCUGUAUAACGCUAAGGAAACGGUACAGCACUAAAGGAGCUCUAGUGUUUUUGUAUUUGACACCUAAACAGAAGCACACGCCUGAAAAAUGAGUCGAAUGCACGAAGAAGUGGAGUUGGAAAAAAGUGUGAGGCGACUGAGAGAGAAGUUUCAUGGACUAAUAGAAAUCGACACGGCUGUGCUGCUUAUGCGACGAUAUGUGAAAAACCAUCGUAUGGUUGCAAUGUGGAUCGCCCUGAUGGCAGAUAAUGACAGGGAGCUGGACGAGGAAGACCAGGCAGCUUUGAAUAAUGACCCAGUAGCUAAGAACGUGAUUAUGAAACUCAAAGCUGAAGAACAACAACAGGAGGAGAAACAUGCCAAGUCAUCGUCCUCUGGAUCCAGUGGUGCAGGACCAUCCGCAAAAGCAAAGAAACAACCAAGUGAUGACCGGGAUAUAACGGAGCUUGGGACGCGUCUAAGAGUUCUGCCAUCAACAAUGGAAAACAAGCGAAUGUUUGACCAGGCGCAGGCAAACCAGAUCCCGUCAGACACACAUCAGUUUGCCUGUGAGUCAUGUGACAGGGAUUGGUGGCGACGUGUGCCCCAGAGGAAAAGGGUGUCACGCUGUCACAGAUGCAAAAAGAAGUACGACCCUGUGCCACCUGACAGAAUGUGGGGUAUAGCGGAGUUUACCUGCCCAAACUGCACUCGAAACUUCAAGGGUUUUGGACGGAUGGAUGGACGAUCCCCUUGUUAUGGCUGUCGCUCAGCCAUUUACCCUAUGAAGAUUCUACCACCAAGAAGGAAAAACAUGAUGCCUGGGCCGAAACAACGAAACCAGCACAGCUGCUUCGCUGAAGACUGUUAUCAUCGAAUGGAGCCCCAUGUUCCUGGCACCGAAUGCGUUCACCCGCACAGCAGACAGAAAAACAGGAAGCCUCGUGUGGUUUACCCCAGUCCUGCUCACAUCAGCAGCGGAUCCACUGUCAACACCUGUCUGAGUCAGGGCAGUCUGAUAGAAAGCAUCAAUGAGCUGAUUCUAGAUGACAUUGAAGAAGAGUCCGAGGACGACUCUGACAGCAGCAGCUGAGACCACCGCAGCAGAAAGACCUCAGUGCAGCUGCUGCUGUGAAUGAUAGCUUUUUGCUAGGAUUUCAAAUGAACAGGUAACAAAUGCGUAAAGGUGUAAGCGGUCAGAAUGUCAACAUAAGUAAUGCAGGUUGAAUAUGUUUUGUAAUAUAGUCGAAAAUCCAGAAAAUAAAUUGUAACAGCGAA